UGCAUCACACACGACUUCCGACGAUUGCGCAUUUCCCGCGUUUCGCUCGCAGAAUAAUUUGCAAUAAAUCGCGAAGGUGGUGAAGGGGAAGUGUGCGCGAGUGCGACCCUCUAAUUCGAGAGUCAACCUGCGGGGGUGGACGACGACACCGGCGGCGGGGUCCGUCUGUCGCGUCGUUCAAACAGAUCCCGUGUUAAACCUUUCGGUUAGCGGUCAGAUGGCCGGCAGAGACGCACGGCUCACGUGAGUCGCGACCGCGCUCGCGUCUGUUUGCUCUUCCUAUUUUCGUAAGUCGCACGGUAUAUAAAGGAGUCCGUCCUCGGGACGGAAGACGUUGCCGAAAGAUUUGGCAGCGGGAGCCGCGCUUUUCUACGCCGCGCGCGGCCCGUAUAGAUCGAGAGAGCGUCAGCUUUCCGGGGAGAGCGCGCGCGAGGUGGAUGAGAAGAAACGGGGCUCGAUCGUCGUCGGGGAUUCGUCGCGCGGAUAAUCGUCGCCGGAGGCCCGUUUUAUUCGGCCGGGCGCGCGCGUCUCGACGUCGAUUUUCGCGUUCCUCUGCUGCCGCCGCGAGUCUCAAGAUAGACUCCUCGUCCUCGCUUCUCGUCUUCUUCUUCGCCAUCUUCGGAGCCAAGAAGCGCGAUCGUCGUGUGAAUAUGAACGGUGGGACCUGAAUCACGCGACGGAGACGUCGCGGCGCUCUUGGUGACCACGACUACGCCCCGUUUCCCGAAAGGAAAGGCAACUCUUCGUGCGCGCGCGAGGUGGUGGCCCGUCGUCGUGAUUCCGUCGCUGUGAUCCGCGGCCCGUUCGGUCACGUGCGCGCGCGUGGUCCUCCGAUCGAUUCCGCCGGAGAUUUCAAUUGAUCGAGUCGAUUGAUCGAGCGACGCGCUGCACGUUGGGUGUCUCGCUCGCUCGCUCGCUCGGAGCGGACGCUAAGUAGCAAUCACCGUCGAUGGACGUCGGCCGUUCGUGCACGUGGUGCGCGUGACGUCGCUCGUCCACACACACACGCUCUCGCGAAGCUCCCUGUGUUGUGCUCGCGUGUGCCGUUCGCCGAGGAUAGAUUCGAAGGGAAGGCGGCUUCCACGAAAGAGCGAAGAUGGGGAACACCGAUAGCGCCCACGACGUGGAAAUGAGCUCCCUGUCGGUCGCGACGGACGACCGUCCCCACAUUAGGAGAACGCCGAUGCGCCCGAUGAUAGCGGAAUACGAGCCAAAGAAGCACGGCGUGAAAACCGAACUCUCAGACGUGGUGCUUGUCAAAUACAAGUGCGAGAAAAAUGACGUGCCCAUUACGGUCACGAACGGAUCGACCUUGCCGCUCGUGGAACGACAGAUCGACGAGGAGGCCGCCCUUUACGACCCGUUCGAGCACCGAAAGCUUGCCCAUCCCACAUCGGACCUGGACACGCUCAUACAUCUGCUCAAGGGUAGCCUGGGUACAGGCAUACUCGCGAUGCCGAUGGCCUUCCGUAACGCCGGCCUCGCCUUCGGGCUCUUCGCCACUUUUUUCAUCGGCGCGGUCUGCACCUACUGUGUCCACAUACUCGUCAAGUCCGCCCACCGGCUGUGCAGGCGGACGCAGACGCCCAGUCUGGGCUUCGCCGACGUGGCCGAGGCGGCUUUCUUGGACGGGCCAGAACCCGUUCAGAAAUACGCCAGACUCGCCAAGGCGACGAUCAACACGUUCCUGGUGAUCGAUCUGGUGGGCUGCUGCUGCGUGUACAUCGUCUUUAUCUCGACCAACGUAAAGGAAGUCGUGGACUAUUACACGGCGACGGACAAGGACCUGCGGAUCUACAUGGCCGCCCUGCUGCCGUUCCUCGUCGUCUUAUCCCUCGUGAGAAAUCUCAAGUUCCUCGCGCCCUUCUCAAUGGUGGCGAACGUACUGAUCGCCACCGGUAUGGGGAUUACUUUCUACUACAUCUUCAGCGAUCUACCCGCCAUCGACGACGUGCCGAAUUUCUCGAGUUGGUCGCAGCUACCUCUCUUCUUCGGCACCGCCAUCUUCGCACUCGAAGGCAUUGGCGUUGUAAUGCCGUUGGAGAACAAUAUGAAGACGCCGACGCACUUCAUCGGCUGCCCGGGUGUCCUCAACACCGGCAUGUUCUUCGUCGUGCUGCUGUACAGCACCGUCGGUUUCUUCGGCUACUGGAAGUACGGUGAGAACACGAAGGCCUCCAUCACACUCAAUCCGCCGCAGGACCAAGUGCUCGCCCAGUCCGCCAAGGUUAUGAUCGCCGUGGCGAUAUUCCUCACCUACGGCCUCCAGUUCUACGUGCCCAUGGAGAUCAUCUGGAAGAACCUCAAGCAAUACUUCGGCUCGCGACGAUUGUUCGGCGAAUACCUCCUGCGUAUAUCACUGGUGAUCUUCACGGUAUGCGUGGCGAUUGCCAUCCCCAAUCUCGGCCCGUUUAUCUCUCUCGUUGGCGCGGUGUGCCUCUCGACCCUUGGUCUCAUGUUCCCGUCGGUGAUCGAGCUGGUGACCGUGUGGGAGCUGGAGAACGGCCUCGGCAAGUGGAACUGGCGGCUUUGGAAGAAUCUCGCUAUUAUCUCCUUCGGCGUGUUAGGCUUCCUCACCGGCUCGUACGUCAGCAUUCAGGAGAUCCUGGAGGGCAAAUGAGGCGCGCUGGGCCCGGCGCGAGGAACGGCGGCCCACGGCGGCCGUUCGCGAAUACCGCACGUCAUCCGACGCUAAUACCACCAUAUCGGCCCCUCGCUGCUCGACACCGCGAGUAGCUUUACGGAUGACGGCGCGCUCGACGCCUCGAAACAGGGCGAAACAAAAUGGUCGUCGCGACGUCUACACGACGACGACGGCGGCGGCGGCGGCGGGGACGACGGAUACGACGCGAUGUCGACGAACGCUCCCCUCUCCCUCCCUCCCCCUCUCCCCCUGGAACCGAGUCGCUCUCCUGCGUGACUCCCGGUUCCCGUAUCCUUCCUAUCACGAUAGCACGAUGACAACACGACGACGACGACGACGGAGGCGACAAAGGGCAGAGCUUUCGCGUGGUCGAGCUUUCAUCUACGCUUCACUUUCUUAAUGGUAGACAGAUUGUUAAUUAGUACGCGCAUUUCGUACGGCUGACGAGGCGCGAGCGCAUACGGUCGAUAUAUGAUACCCGAAUGUGCGAAAUGAUCGUAUAAUUUCGAUUAUUAAUUUAUCUUGCGCGAGAUAACUGCACGAUAUCCGUUAUUCGAUUCAUCUGUCAUUCGAGCGGGUGGAAUCCAUCGAUCAGCGGUAAAAUGAUAAUUCGACCAGCAGGAUGAACCGUAUUAUAUUAAGUUGAUGCAAGAGACACGUCGUCAGGAUUGGAGACGCAGUCACGCAAAGUUUCAGUGUGAUUCCUCGUAAUCGGGAAUGUUACAUUUGCGGAUUAGCAUCAACUUGGAUAUAUUUCCAUCUAGAUAAAAGAUCUUUAUCUCACUCAUCGAGAAGAGAAAUAUCGAACCUCGUAGCCCAAAAUUGACGCUUGAUAAGUGGAAAAUCUCCAAGUGUACAAACACUCCUUGCACGGGCCUAAUUUUUAUUAUCUUCUUGUUUAUUAAGAUUUUGUCUUUCCAGGGUCUCUCGACCGAUCGAUCGGUGAGUGUUCGACUUAAUUUAACUGUAAUUACAUGCACGAGGGGACUAAAUUAGAAUUCGCGAUCUGCGAAUUUCCGCCACGAUGUUCUACCCAGGCUAAAGUUUCCACGCUGAAUAUUCAUGGAAAUUAACAUUUUUGCUUCUCUCUCUCUCUCUCUCUCUCUCUCUCCACUUUACUUAUUCGUGUCGCGUCGGCCGUACGCGCGCAGCUUCUUCGCGGACUCCACAACUGCGGGACGGUUUUUGGUUUAGAAUAGCGUACGCGCGAUACUUCCUGGUCGUACGUUAACUUGGCCGUACAUAUACAUACAUAUAUAUAUGUGUGUUCAUAAGACACACGAAACAUCGCGGUUUUGUUGAUGAGAAACGAGAACCGUACGCCUCGGCUAUUGCGCUCGCUCGCUUCGAAUUAUCACGAUAAGAGGACGAUCUGUAAGAUACUGCGUUUCGCCGGGAGAAUGCCGAUCGUGCGUGACAUCGUCUUCCUUUUACAAUCAGGUUGCAGUGUAUAUUCCUACUUGUGUUUUCACAGCUGCCGGCUUGAAACAGAUUAAUCGGCCUACGACACGGUAUUAUUAUUCCGCAGAUUACACAAUCUUAAGACAGGGAGAACCCAUGGAUUCCCGAUUCUUUUAAAUCGAUCUUCUGCAAGAAUCUGCUUCUCUCCGCGCCAAAUCGAUCGAUUUGUAUUUGAAUUGACACUUAAUUAAUCCGGCAGCAACCCCUAUCUCGUGACGACGCGAUCAAAUAACGAUCGGGAGACGGUAAUCUCGUCAGAUGUGACGAUCGAUCGGCGUGCUUCCCGCGAAAACCGUUUGAUCUGUUCCUAGUGCAUGAUGCACAAAAUCGUACAAAGAUGAUUAAUUCAGUAAGAGUAGUAGGCAGAAGGGUGCGUAGGUGUAGUAAUGUCGUGAUGCACGCUUGCUAGUCUGUAAGUAAGAUCGCGAUACACUGUUUCGCGCGCUGUCUCGCCGGCGCGCGAGACAAACGACGUCAAUUGGUCCCGUUGUCGGAAAAACGGAGGAUAUCCGUUUAACCCUUAGCGUUAACCAAAGGGGAAGCCGAGUCGAGGAAGUAGAAGACGAAUAUUAUUCGAAUGUUCGCUGUCACAUUCAUCCAUCGGCUGAGGGUAAAAAGUAGAGGAGAAGAAAAACAAAACAAGAUUUGCCAAAAUUCCUAUCUUUUCUAAGGAAUGUCACCACCAAAAUAGGGAAUCGCGAGUGAAAAUCCAAUUUUCUUGUCCGCAAAAACGAAAAGAGCUAUCCAGCACGGAGCUGUUGACAACUACCUAAUUUGAUGAGACUUGUGCCUUUCUGCGUGUUCGAUAAUUAGCAAUAAUCUCGAUUUAUACGUCUUCGGAAAAACUGUGAAUCUUCGUAGGACACGAUGCAAACGAGAAGACUGCAACAAGCAACUUUUCUACGAGAGAAAUUUCCCUACACCUCAUUUCUCGUGUGUGUACAUUGGUCUUUGUUACGUCAAAAACACACAUUCGCUUCGAAGGCAGUAUUAAAUUAGGGCUUGCGCAAAGCCUGUUUAGUGAGAUCUGGUUCCGCGUCGUUGCAAUUCUUAACUCUUUACAGCGAUAUAUCGUGAGACAUAUCCUGCGCAUUAACGUCCGGCAGUUUUCACAAAAUAAUUUAAUCUGACAAGCAACCGGAGAUAAUAACGAGUUCAUUCGACGCGUAAAUGACGCGUGUAGCCGUCGAAUGAAAACGUCACGCCUCUCUCCGUAAAGAGUUAACACGAUGACGAUGAGCCGCCGCGAUUCGUCCUCUUUGAAGGCCAAUUUACAUCGUCUAAGCGCGAGUUACAUUUUUCAAAGGAACUCUUCUUUUCUAAGAAUAUACACACACUCGACAAGAAUUACUAUACUACAAAAUACAUAUUGUUCCGUACCGUUUCGAUGAUGCGCCGUCAAUUUUCCACGGCAAACUCAUGGCAUUUACACGGCCUUUUUGAUGAAAGAUCAUCGGUUUCGCCUGAAAGAAAGAUACCGGACUAAAUCAUCACAGGUCCUGUUUUUUUGGAGUCCUACCAAGUAGGAUAAAGAGAAUGGACGCGCAGUACGUAAGCUGUAUCGCUGUAUGAUUUUUGUAGUAUGCUCGUUUGAUAAUUUAGGGUUUUAUACGAGAGAACGUAGAGAAAAAUGGAAACGUUCGUUAUCUCGUCGAGACCUCUCGUCGGGAAUUGCCGACCGAUGCACGGCGAUUAUUGCCGUUCUUCCGUUUUUAUAGAAAGAAGGAAUAAUAUAUAUAUGUAUAUCUGUCGAUUAGAGCGUGUGCACUCGUGCCUUUUGUAAUCAUAUAUACAUACACACACACACACAUAUAUAUACAUACGGAAUCUUUUUCUCUAUCUAAUGAUAUAGAUUUACGAAACGUGUAGAACUGUUUGUUAAAUAAACCGACGAAGUAGGAUAUUCCAAAAAGAUGAUUAUACCGCCAAUGUACUCCUUAAUUUUGCUCUUACAUGAACCAAAAAAAAAAUCGCCAUUCAUAUUCAUGUUUCAGCCACUCGUGGCAUAAUAAACACGUUCGUGCGCCUGUCCGAAGCAAUAAUUGCCGUGCAAGUGCCAUCAUCAUUCUAUACGCGCAAGCAAUAUUGUGCAAAUUGUUGAUUGGUCGGUCAUCCUACAUAUAUUAAAUCUUUUACGAAAUUUAAUAUACGAUUUACGAAAUA